GAUGUUUCUUCGUGUUGAGUUUUUUAUAUUUUUUCUAAUUUGGGCGCCCCGUCUGGUUUUGGUUUGCUCGCGCUGAGUUUCUCCCCUCUGGCAUUGGUUUUGAUGACGAUAAUUUGCUAGUUUGACAUGCGGGUUAUAUUGGGUUGUUUUUUGUUUUUUUGUUUUUUGGAUUUUCCCUUUUGUUUGCUUGGGUAUUUUGCCUCUGGGCUUUGCUUUGUUGAUGGGUUUUUGCCUUUUCCUUUGUGCAUCCAUGAAAGGUGGUAGGUUGAUGGAGUUGACUUCUUCUCCAAGGAGAUAGACUUCCCCAAUCUUUAAAACAAACAAUGAUUUGGGUAUAACUGAAGAGGACAUAUGGUGAGCCUUCGAAGGCGUAGACUCCUUGGACUUUGUUCUGGGCGAAGUUCGUUCAUUGUUCCAUUUCCAAAGUUUCCCGAGAAUGGAAGCAUGCCUGGGAACUAUAUGCAGAAUACAAAGCCAGUCGGUAGUGUCUUUUCCAAGCCUUCAAUGGACGUUGACCAGCUGAAGGAGGAAACUACAGCUCUUGGAACAUCUAGUUUUUCAGCCUCCCCGCCUUCGAAAGAGCAGGAAAACGCAAAAUUCCCAGAAGUUAAGCGCAGAAAAUGGCAUAGGAGGAAACACUUUGACAACCAAGAACCGUGCUUGAUGAGAGGGGUCUAUUUCAAGAACAUGAAGUGGCAAGCAGCAAUAAAAGUCGAUAAAAAACAAAUUCACUUGGGAACCGUUGGCUCGCAAGAAGAAGCUGCCAGAUUGUAUGACAGGGCCGCUUUUAUGUGUGGAAGGGAGCCCAACUUUGAACUCUCGGAGGAAGAGAAACAGGAACUGAGAAAGUUCAACUGGGACGAGUUCUUGGCAAUGACUCGAUCCGCAAUUACCAGCAAAAAAACCCGGAGAAGAAGCGGGGUAGGUGCAAGGAGAAAAUCUGAGUCCUCACCACAAAACAGUGAGGAGGGUGAGCAACAGGGCAAUGGUUUUUCAGCCUCAGAUGAUGCAGACCAAGACACAUCUGUUUAAUGAUUUUUUUUUUUUUUUUUUUUGGGAAUUUAUACCUAUAAAAUGCCUGAACAUAAUUGGGUUAUAUAUUUCUGUUUAACCAUUCAGCAUAUCCUAUCCUGACACCUCAAGAAAAUUAUUUUUAUAUAUAUACAGAUGCCCAUGUUACUCCAGACAGAUAAUACUGAUAUUUCAUUGGCAAGUUCAAUCAGA